ACAUUGCAACUAGAUAUGGCGAGAGCGGUUUUUAUUGGUCUGGUCUUGGUUAUAAUUGUCGUGAGAGAUGCAGCACCUUCGAGUGAGGUCAUGAAGUAUAUAACAGCUGGAUUUCUUAAGACUUUGGACGACUGCAAACAUGAGCUAAACCUCUCCGAUAAUAUCGUAUCUGACUUGUAUCAUUUUUGGAAGCAAGAAUACGAGUUACUGAACAGAGAAACUGGCUGUAUUAUUCUAUGUAUGAGCAGAAAGUUAAACUUGAUAGAUACGUCUGGACGUUUGCAUCAUGGCAGCGCGCAGGAUUUCGCCAUGCAACAUGGAGCUGCGGAAGAUGUCGCAGUCAAAUUAGUGAACAUGCUUCACGAAUGCGAGAAGCAGUCUCUGGCUGUAGAAGACGAGUGUGCACGGACCCUGGAGGUGGCGAAAUGCUUCCGAAACGACAUAAGAGGUCUUGACUGGUCUCCAAAAGCGGAUGUCCUCAUCACCGAGAUCCUUACGGAUUUGUGA